GGCACGGUGGCAGGGGCUGGUACAUGGCAGUGGGGGGGCCGCGCAGCUUGCGCUCCUCAGCAGCGAGAGAGCCGUUGGGGGUUGACUUUCGGCUGGACUCGGACGCAGCGCCUGGCCGAACUGAGACCCUGGAUACCUGGCGGGGGGCCAAUCGAGCGGACAGCUCGGACAUCACCCGGGGGCAUGCGCUGCUCCCUUCGCGUCUGGGUGCUGCUAGCAUCGCUGGCCCUUCUUUUCCUCACGUCGCUGCUCUUCUCUUACUCGCUAAGGGGAGGCCCUGGCCUGCCCUACCUGGAGUAUGCUGGGUGGGAAGUGUCGCGACAGGUGAAGCUGGUUCCCAGUUACCCAGGCUCCCACAAGCUGGGGGCUGUAGAGAGCAGCCAGCAGAAGACAUGUGCCUGUGCCCGAUGCGUGGACGAUCCAGGCGUGUCGGACUGGUUCGAUGAGAACUAUGAGCCAGAUAUCUGUCCCCUGUGGACACGGGACAACGUCCAGCUGCCUUCAGAUGUCUACUACUGGUGGGUGAUGCUGCAGCCUCAGUUUAAACCCCACAGUAUCAAGCAGGUGCUACCGAAGCUUUUUCAGGUGAUCCCAAGCCACUCGCCGUAUGGCUCGUGGCACCCUGCCCGCUGUCUGCGCUGUGCUGUGGUGGGCAACUCUGGAAAUCUACGUGGAGCGGGAUAUGGCCCAAAGAUUGAUGACCACAACUACAUCAUGAGAAUAAACCUGGCACCUACAGUUGGCUAUGAAGAAGAUGUGGGCAGCCACACCACCCACCAUUUCAUGUACCCAGAAAGUGCCAAGAACCUCGCUGCCAAUGUUAGCUUUGUUCUGGUGCCUUUUAAGACCCUGGACCUGCUUUGGAUUACCAGCGCCCUCUCCACCGGCCAAAUUCGCUUUACCUAUGCUCCUGUGAAGCAGUUUCUGCGUGUGGACAAGGACAAGGUCCAGAUCUUCAAUCCAGCGUUCUUUAAGUACAUCCACGACCACUGGACACAGCAUCAUGGACGAUAUCCCUCCACUGGCAUGCUGGUCAUUUUCUUCGCUUUACAUGUUUGUGAUGAGGUCAAUGUAUUCGGCUUCGGUGCGGACAGCCGAGGGAACUGGCACCACUACUGGGAGCAGAACCGCUACUCGGGAGAGUUCCGUAAAACGGGUGUCCACGAUGCAGACUUUGAAGCCCAGAUCAUUGGGCAGCUAGCCAAAGCUGGCAAGAUCACCGUCUCUCCUGGAAAGUGACAUUUCACUGCGGGUAUGAAGGGACGGAGCCACUGAUAAACCAACCACACGAGCUCUGCUCUUGCUUACUUUGUUCAUACCUAUCUUACUUCUGCUAGUGCUAUCAGCUAGGCAUGGUCUCUGGGAUUUCACUGGACUGUCUAACGUCCUAAAAAGACAGGACUUUCUGGAAGUUUUUUGGUAUUGAGUAAUGAUAACCCGGGAAAAUAGGUCAUUUAAAUUAACGGUUAUUAAUCAGCCAGCUCAUGCCUACUUCUUGUGUAAGAUCAGCGAAUAGAGACGAGUUUGAUGAAAGUAUUACUAGGCAGUAUUAGGAGUGCUUGAAUUCUCAUUGGAGACCUCAACAGCAGGAGGCCCGCUCGAACAGAUGCAAGUUUACAUGCUCAUGAACACAGGAAGAGCAUUUUUCGUUUGUUUUAUUCAAUCUUUUAUGGUUGUUUUAUUAUGUGGUGAUGACGAGUGUGUGGCUGCAUCACUGUGCUCUCACAGCCAUUUGAACAAAUGUUGGUCGUUGUCAUUAUAUGUUAAUUUAUUUCAAGAGAACUGAUAGUAGAUUAUUUCUUGAUUUAAAACUUAUGCCGCUCAGGUGGCGCAGCGGUAAAACACACGCUGUUCACCAGAGCUGAGAUCUCGAAUACAUCGUAUUGAAUCUGCCUUGCUGGCUGAGGCUGAGUGGCUGAGGCUGAGACUGAGGCUGAGUGGCUACAUGAACAACGAUUGGCCUGUUGUUCAGAUAAGGGCCGGGACUAAAGCCGGAUGGGGACUCUAGACUAGUGCGAUUACGACCUCUGCUGGCUGGUUGGUGGCGCCUGCACGGAGAUGGGGAAGGAGUGCAGUAGGGGGUGUGGCUCUCCGUACACAGCGCUGUACCGCACUGCGCUCGUCAAGUGUAGGUGAUAAGAUGUUCGAUUGCUGUGCACGUUUCGGAGGGGGCGUGGAGCAGCCUCGUCCUCCCCAAUCAGGAGCAGGGACCAGCAUUAGUGAGAGGAUGAUUGACGGGUACAAAUUGGAUGCGCUAAAGUGGGAGAAAAUGGGGGGGGACAAAACAAAAACAACCACGUAUUCAGUCUACUAUACCAGUGUGUGUAUAGGCGUUUCUUUUGUUGUUGUUUUGUUUUGGUGAAGUACAGUUUAAGCAGUAUACUUCGUUUCCGUUUUGUGGUACCACAGAGGUAAAGCUGAAAUCAUUUCAUUAAAACCAGUAGGUUUGAUCAUAAA